CAGCCGUUAGUUCAAUCCACUGGUGCCUGGCUGAUGGGACGGCGCGGUUGAUCGUCUCUUUGUAGAAUCCAAAUCCCACCUACAGUACGUUCAUAAACCAUCUUAUAAUAAGCUGCACGCAAAUCACCAGAGACCACUCAAUCCCAUCGAUCUCGUUAUUCUUCGGGUGAACCCCGCAACAGUCACUUUGCAUGCCGCGACUGUUGACUUCCGCGACCGCAUAAAAGAGAUUCCAGAGACCUGAACAGAUGCGGAUUCAGGACCUUGGCUGCUGCCUAGAGCUCACAUCUGCACCGCACGGCUGUCUGACGACGACUGGGACUACUUCGGACGAGCAAGAACAAAACAAUAUAAUAGCGGCUUUACAUCUCUAGUCCAUAGUCAUGGCUGAUGUAGAGGAACCACAAUACACCACUUUGGCAGAGCGAAUUGCCGCUCUGAACAGACAGAAGAAUUUCCAAUCGCCGUCAGCAGCUAAUGGAAAGCGACCGCCGCCGCCGCCGCCACCUACGAACCAACCAAAGCCACCUAUACGACAUGCAACUAGCCCGGAUGUCUCGAUUCACAAAACACCAACAGUCCCUGCACGUCCAACACCCAAGCCCGGCGUGCCCCCGCAGCUCCCUAGAAGGAGUACCGCUCAGGUCAUCACCGAAAAGUCACCACCGCUGCCAAGUCGCAACCUCGUACCGCCGCUGCCCACCCGGCGCCCGUCGCAGACCUCGCUAGCGUCGCCGUCCUCGUCAGCGUCGCAGGGUGUCUCGCCCGCCUUGCCGCCUCGCGCAAACUCGGCUCAAUUGGCGAAUGGACGAAGAAACUCGAACGAGUCCGACAUAUCGUAUAUAUCUACCAUCUCUAACCUGUCAUUGAAUCAGAUCAAUUCGGUGGACCAGCAGCAGCCGGGUGCAAGAAGGCUUCCGCCGACCCUUGAUCAGGCGAACCUACCGCUGUUGCCACCAACUCGGCGGGAGCUAGAGGCAAAAGCUAAAGAAGCUUCGGCAAACGGCACGACCAACCCAAACGCGUCUCUUCGAUCGAGGACUCCCAUCAGCGAGCCUCCCCGCCCAUCAGUCCCGCCAAGGCUGCCUUCGCGGCCAGCCAAGUCCCCCCAUGUCAAACCAUACGGGGCUAACGGGGCAAAUGGUGGCCGUGAGCCUGUGGCUCCCCCAACUCUUCCUAGGAGGUUACCGCCCGUACCUACAAGCUACGAGCGCCCGGCCUCCAUGGAGCCUAAGCCCAAGGUCCCCACCGUCCCCACCACGCAUCAAGAUGCACCGCCGCCUAUACCACUUGCAUCACGCCCAACGGACCAGCAGAUCGAACAAGCCGUUUCUGGCCGCAAUAUUGCUCCAAAAGCCCCGCAAGUAGCUGGUUGCUUGAUAUGUCGCGACUUUUCAGCCGCGGAUGCCCUAGCUGCACAGUUCCCUCUACAGUCGCUACCACGACAUAACGUCGUCGACUACCUGGCGCGCGCGCUUUGUGACCCGUUCCCAUCGCUGACCGACAAGGCAAGGGCUGUGUUUACUUGGUGCCACCACAACAUACGGUACGACGUGGAAGGCUUCUUUGGCAAUUGUAUACCCCGCGGGCUGACCCCAGACCAGACUAUUCUUAGCGGCAAGGCAGUCUGUGAAGGGUAUGCCAGGGUAUACCAGUCGAUCGCCGAGCGCGGUGGGCUCCAAUGCGUUGUUGUCACGGGUCAUGGCAAGGGCUAUGGAUUUAAUGAGGUCGCACCAGGUCAGCCUCCUCCUCGGCGAGACCCCACGGGGCACGCUUGGAACGCUGUAGUACUCGACGAUGGAAGAUGGAAGCUGUUGGAUGCCUGCUGGGGAGCUGGUCAUCUUGGCGAUGGACAGUCGUACAACCAAAAGUUUUCGCCACUUGAGUUUACCAGCAGCAACGAAAUAUUCGGGCUUAAGCAUUUCCCUUCAGAUUGGCGACAUUUCUACCGCGAGGACGGGCGCAUUCCAACGUGGGAGGAGUACGUUCUCGGGCCAACUCGCGGGCCCAAGGCACAGAUGUACAAUGACGCGGCGGAUGAAGGUUUUUCGGAGUCGACACUGUCGCCGGCAGAGAAGUUUAUUCCCGUCAACGAGGGUGAUGACUACGUUCGUUUCCAGAUCGGGAACAUUUGCGAGCACUGGAACAACGAAAUACACGGCAAGGGGAAACCACGACCCCUGAUACUUCGCAUCAAUGGUCCAGGGGGUAACAAUGAAGACUACGUGGCCCUGGACAACGAUGGUUUUUGGUGGUGGGUCGAUGUUCCCAGACGUGACUUGGGAAGGCCUGGACAGACAGUUUCAAUCUUUGCAGUCAACACGAUCGGCGACGAGAGCGCCAGAGGUGUCACAAAGGGAGAGUAUUUGAACAAGAAGGGCAAAUUCGGCAUGAGUUUUGCCGGUAUCGCAGCCUGGGAGUUGUCUUAAGAGUGGAAGCGGUACUUCCAGCAAGGAAGCGUAUAAAUUCAAACCAGCUUCAAGAUGAGGAACUCCACCAGGAUGCCAGAGCAAGUGACUCCUUGAGGCCGGGAUAAAGCCAAAUUUUCAUCAUAGCCUCGUACACAUCUUGGGCCUAUCUGAAUCUUUAUCAUUUGUCAACAAAUAUCCGGCCCAAUCAGCUUUUCCUUGUUCAGAGACGUUGGUACCGCCUAUGUUGGCAACAAAGCGGCCGUUUCUUGUCGUUGAUGGUAUCCAACUAGAAUUUUCCACAGCUGCGAGGACGCAAAAAAUUUUAGAACAUGACAUGCUAAUAAUGUAAUACAGACAACCAGUCAUACAACAACAUAUGGGUCUCACUGUGCGUGUCCCAACAUACUAUUGCGUCAGAUCGUGCCAGCAAUAUAGCAUACGGACUUGUUCAUAUUGAUGAGGGGGCACUGAGAGAGGGGAAUUGACGACUGACUGCACACAUCAAAGAGCAUUCUUAUACAUUUGGCAGGCUUCAUUCACAUCUCUACAUGUCUAGUCUUACACCAUCCACAUCACUGCACAUCCUCCUCCAAAUCCAUCCUUUCCAACAGCCGCCACAUGUCUGGAAUGGCACCCAAGCCCGUAAGGGAACUGGGCACCACGUGGAAAGGCCAGCGGCCCUGGGCUACCUUGUCGCCAACGCAGAGUACGAGACGGUACAGAGACGGUCCGUCCCAGAACCCUUCGCGGACCUUGGCCCCCUCUAGCAUGUCGAGCGCCGCCUGGCGGACCGCAGAGUCCUCGGCGAUGGUCGCCACGAGGUACAGAGGGGGCAGCACGCCGGCCUCGUGGGUGAACCCCGCGACAGCCUGGUCGCGGUCCUGUCGUUGCCGGCCCCGGCGGAUUGAGGCCGCGGUCUCCAUGAGCCGGCCUGCGACGCCAAGGAUCUCUUUCAGCAACGCCUGCGACCUGUUGCUCGGCCCGGCGGCGCUUCUGUACGCAACACUGCCGGACGCCAGACCGUACUGGUGUCGAGGGUGCGACCUCAGCCUCGGGUUGACGUUGGAGUAUUUGGACAGGUCGGUAUUGGAGUCUUGGUCGUCGUCAUCACGCGGCAGUCCCGUCAUGGCCUGCGCAAACAUGUCCAUGCAGAGCAGGUGGAGAAGGUCGAGAUCGAGCGCGUACACAUCGGCGGCCUCCAGGCCCGAGGCGGCAUCGGAAGCCACAAAAGCCCGGACGACCUCGCGGAGGGAUCGGGAUCGUGCGCAAAGUAUCUCUUGCUGCCGUCGCUGAUGCGGGUCGGACCAGAAGGUGGCAUCGGCGUAGUGCUCUCUCGUCUCGUAGAUGCGUGCAAUCACGUUGCAGGCGUGUCGGUUGCAUCGCUCGUGCACGUCAAUGAUCGAUCUCGCGGGUGGGAGCCAGCUUGAUAUCGGGUUUUCGCCGCCACCGCUACUACUGCUCAGGGCCUGGUGGUAGGACCGCAGGGCGAUGGAUGGGCGGAUGUUGGCGGCGAAGAGGGUGGCGCUGCACUCGAGGCGGCAGAACAUGCGGAUGAUGUCGUCCAUGUGCGGGUCGGAGCCGGUGGGGUGACCGGUGGCGGUGACGGAGUCGAAGGCCUCGCGCGGCAGAGACUCGAGGAUGCGAAGACCGUUAGUCAGGUGGGUAAGCGCCGCCGUCUCCUUGGAACGGAGCAUCUCGAGGAAGAUGAAGGCAAGGCAGCAGACGAGCGUCACGCGGAUGCUAUCCAGGCUGCUGGACGAUGCGUGCGUUUGGAGGAGGGCGAUACUGUGGUUGUACUGCUGAAUCGUGAACAGCUCCAGCUCUUCUGGACUCUCCGCCCCUAUCUUGUUUUCUCUCGGUGGUGACUCUAUGGAAAUCCCUGGUGCCACUCCUAUGCCGCCCUCGGCCGAAAUCGAAUACUCCUCAACCGAGGACUGCUGAAACAGCCGAUACGCCGCGCCAAGCGCGAUCAGGGCGUGCUUGACGGCACCGUCGCGGCGGGCCAUUUCGGGGGCCACGCGGGUCCAAAAGGGCCCCGCGGCGGUCGAGGUGCUGGCCUGGAAGCCGCCAGCGGCCGCGGACCUGAAGUGGUGGAAGAAGCGGCGCUCCAUUUCGGAGCCCUCAAUGUCGGCGACGAUGGGCCGCAGGCCCUGCAGCGCGGCGUUGCCAGAGUACUCGCGCAGGAACUGGCGGCGAGCCUGCUCGGCGCCACGCUGAGCCUCUUCGGCCCGCGCAGGGCUGGUCAGUCCCCGGCUGGGGGACGCUGUAGAGUCGUAGCCGUCGCAGUGCCGCCCGGUAGAUGUGCAUCGUGCACAGGCUGGUUUGCCCUCGUCGCACUUUACACGUCUGAUUCUAGAACGGGGAAGCGACAGUUAGUUUUUUUUUCUCUUUUUCUGCGGCAGCUCACUUUCUGUGUCUUGUUUAUUCCUUUUUUGCGCCUUCUUUUCAUCGGAUUAUAUUGGAGGAUGCGGAGAAGGUUUUGUGUUGUAUAGCCCCUGAGUUGGUAUCAAACUUACUUGCUGGUAAGGGAAAGAGAUUGAGGGUCAGCAAAUAUUACCUUCUCAUCUCUCUGGCAACACCCCUUGUCCACCAGCUGCAAUGAACACUUUUAAAGUUGCUUUGACGGUCACUUACCAAGUUAUGCAGCCGGUGCGGACCUUGGGCUUGGAGGCUCGGGUGCGACGCUGGCGAUCGGGUUGCUGAUUCGUGGCAGAGCAUGCCGAGUCCGAGUCUCCUG